CUUGGCGACAUGGCGCGGCCGCCGGCGCUCCUGCUGCUGCUGCUGCCCGUGCUCCUCGCCGGGCUCCUCUGGUGUCCCGGCGCCAUGGCCAGCUACCCGCCUAACUGCGCCCAGUACAAGUAUAUGUGUCCGAGGGACUACCAUCCGGUUUGUGGCACUGAUGGAGAGACCUACGGAAACGAGUGUGUGCUCUGCCUUGCUAACAGGGAAGAUCACACGCAUAUAGAAAUUGUCCGGGAGGGACAUUGCUGAUAUGACAGAUGGCCACUUUUCAAGAAAAUAAGAGGGUCACAGACAAUCCAAGUGGAAACAAUGCCUUAAGUGUACUUUCUUUGUAGCCCAUCUUAAUAAACAGUCUUGCAUAUUUAAAGUAUGUUUGCUGUAUUAAAACAGGUGGUUGUAAACAUA